AUGGGGUAAUCUCUUUGUAAAUUAUUGCCAUCUAUAUUUAAACAAAAGUAGGUCACGUUAGUUAUGAUUGGAUUAGAUGCAGUUGGAAAAACUUCAAUCCUUUAUUGGUUAGCAUUGAAAUCAGAAUUAAUAUCAACUAUUCCUACAAUUGGUUUUAAUAUUGAAACAAUCAAAUAUAAAAAUAUUCAAUUUAACUGUUUUGAUAUUGGUGGAGGAGAUAAAAUAAGAUUAUUAUGGAAAUAAUAUAUGUGUGGAGAAUUAAAUGGAAUUAUUUUUAUUAUAGAUUUAUCUGAUCUAAAAAGAUUACCAGAAGCAAAAAAAGAAUUAGUUAGAUUUCUUAAUGAAAAGGAGACUAAAGAUUCUCCUUUAUUAAUUUACGCUAAUAAAUUAGAUAUUGCUAAAUUUAAUCUUGAAUAUUUAAAAGAAUACUUAGAGUUUCCAUAUCAAGAUAGGAAAUGCCAUAUCUAAUAAUGUUCUGUUUUAACAGGAUAAGGAAUAUAUGAUGGUUUAAAUUGGUUAGUAAACAUUUAUAAAUCAAAAUGA